GGAGAAGAGGCUUUACUUACGUGUCUCUUGCAGAUCUUGCCAUUGCAGGCGGGUAGAUCCGAAGUCGGUUGAUCAGAAAGUUUCAAACAUACGGAGGUGAGCAAGGUUUCAGUGUACAUACUUUUAUCAAAUCAGAUUCAAGAUGACAUUGAUUGAAAAUAUAGAGGGUGCUACUUUCACUACUCUUGCUACUAUUGUUUUCUUUAUGCAGGCUGGUUUUGCAUUUUUGGAAGCUGGCUCAGUUCGAUCUCAAAAUACCACCAGCAUUCUCUUCAAGAACUUUAUGGAUGCUGUUUGCGGUUGUGUUGCAUAUUGGGCAUUUGGAUAUGCAUUUGCUUUUGGAGGAGGCAAUGCAUUUAUUGGAACUAACCACUUUUUUCUUUCGGGAAUUGGGCUUUAUGGUCAAGAGUUAGUUGAAUGGUUUGUUCAUUAUGUUUAUGUUGUCACGGCAGCCACAAUUGUGAGUGGUGCCAUGGCAGAGAGAACACAAAUGAAGGGUUAUUUUAUAUUUACAAUUAUAUGCACAGGAUGGAUACAACCAGUUAUAGCUCACUGGGUUUGGGCACCACAAGGAUGGCUAUUUUCUGGGGUUAUUGAUGAAAACCAUAAUGUAACAGUUCGCUAUACGGAUUUUGCUGGAAGCAGUGUCAUUCAUGUCGUCGGAGGAGCAUCUGCUCUCGUUGGUGCUGCUGUAGUUGGUGCACGUAGGGGUCGUUUUGACGAAAGGGGAAGGUCAAAUAUGAUAUCUUCGAAUACAACAACAAGAUCGGGAAAACAGAGUCCAGGUAACGAAAGAGAAGUCGUAGGAGACUUCAAGCCAGUCACCAAAUUAGUAGAGCCGCAAUCCGUUAGAUGA